AUGAACUGGGCCAUUCCCUUCUUUCCAUACCCUCCCUCUAAGCCCGGGUUUUGGAGCCCGGUCACGUCGACCCUCAACUGGUGCGAAGAGGACUACUAUGCGACCGUAUACUCUGCCGAGAUUGUCAAUACUUUGACAAACCUUCUGUUUAUGGCACUGGGAGUCAAGGGCAUCAUCAGCUGUAUUCGCAAUCAACAUGACCAAAUCUUCCUGGUGGCCUAUUUGGGCUACCUGGUGGUGGGCACAGGCAGUUUCCUGUUCCAUACUACUUUGAAGUAUCCGAUGCAACUAGUUGACGAAUUAUCCAUGAUCUAUACAACGUGUCUGAUGGUCUACGCGUCGUUCGCCUUCUCCCGCCCAACAGGUGUGCGUGUGGCUAUAGGGGUCUCCCUUUCAGCCUUGUCAGUCUUCAUCACGCUCUAUUAUCACUACCUCCAAGACCCUACGUUCCACCAGAAUACCUACGCAUUAUUGACAAUUGUCGUCGUAUUCCGUAGUAUGUACACUAUGGAGAAGACCUUGCGACCCAAAUGGCGCAAGUCUCGAGAGGAGGACCGCCUGGAGAAAGAGAAGCGAGGCUUACCGGUGCCGUCCAAGGAGCGCCAGCACUUUGAGAAUGUCCGUGAUACGAAGCUCCUUGCCACAAUGUGGUGCAUGGUCGGCUACGGGCUGGCUAUGUUCCUCGGUGGGUUUGCAAUUUGGAAUUUGGACAACCACUUCUGUUCUGAUAUUCGCCGAUGGAGACGCCAAGUGGGCCUACCAUGGGGGAUUUUCCUGGAGGGCCAUGGGUGGUGGCACAUUAUGACAGGUAUUGGUGCGUAUCUAUACAUCGUCUGGGGGAUUCAGCUUCGACACUGUCUGAAAGGACAGCAGGAUGAUUACCACCUUCACUGGGCUCGUGUUUGGCACAUCCCCGACGUGGUUCGUACCGCGCCUUCUUCCAAGGGAGCGAAUUCGCAACAGAAAAAGUUGUCCUAG